UAAACGCAAUGUGGUGCAGAGUGGGGGUAGGAGAAAGUUGUAGACAUGUGAAGAGAAGGUGUGUCACGCGCUACGUCGUCGUACGGGGAGUGAAGGAUGCGUGUGGGGGAGUGAAGAGGAAAUAAAAAUAGAAGAGAAAGUAGCAAUAAGACGCGCCGUGAAUGCGGAGUGAGAGAGGAGCGAGUGAGGCAAGCGAGUUGAGUUCCUCUCCGAUCCCAUCCAUAAUUGAAUUGUUUCCCCCAAUUUUCAAAACCCUAGCUUUCCCACUCGCGCUUUUCCCCACUCGCGGCUCCUGAUCUCCCGCCCUUUAAGUGACAGGUAGCAACUACUGAAGUGCAUGGUAGUGCAGUGCGUCAAAAUAUGGGUGAUGCAUUAAAUGAAGUGCAUCGCAGAGGUGGUACUCUUGCUGCUUCUCCCAAGAGGGACAUUGCAUUGUUUGAAGGAGACAAAGAUUUUGAGCCCCACAAUGGCAUUGAAUUUGAAUCCCAUGAAGCAGCAUAUUCAUUUUAUCAGGAAUAUGCCAAAUCUAUGGGAUUCACUACUUCAAUAAAAAACAGCAGACGCUCAAAGAAAACAAAAGAAUUUAUUGAUGCCAAAUUUGCGUGCUCUAGGUAUGGAGUUACACCUGAGUCUGACAGUGGGAGCAGUCGAAGACCAAGUGUAAAGAAAACAGAUUGCAAAGCUUGCAUGCAUGUGAAGAGAAAGCCGGAUGGAAAGUGGAUCAUUCAUGAAUUUAUAAAGGAACAUAAUCAUGAACUUUUACCGGCCUUGGCAUAUCAUUUUCGGAUUCAUAGAAAUGUGAAAUUAGCCGAAAAGAAUAAUAUUGAUAUCUUGCAUGCUGUUAGUGAACGCACCAGAAAGAUGUAUGUUGAAAUGUCUAGGCAAUCUGGUGGCUGUCAAAAAAUUGGGUCUCUCUUGGGUGAUAUAAACUACCAGUUUGACAGAGGCCAGUAUUUGGCUUUGGAUGAGGGAGAUGCCCAAGUUAUGCUUGAGUAUUUUAAGCACGUACAAAAGGAGAGUCCAAACUUCUUCUAUUCUAUAGAUUUAAAUGAAGAGCAGCGUUUAAGAAAUCUAUUUUGGAUUGAUGCAAAAAGUAUCAAUGAUUAUCACAGCUUUAAUGAUGUAGUUUCAUUUGAUACCACAUACAUAAAAAACAAUGACAAGUUGCCAUUUGCACCUUUUGUUGGAGUGAACCACCACUCUCAACCUAUAUUGCUUGGAUGUGCUUUGGUUGCAGAUGAGACUAAACCAACAUUUGUUUGGCUAAUGAAGACAUGGCUUAGAGCAAUGGGAGGGCAAGCUCCCAAAGUUAUAAUCACUGAUCAAGACAAAGCUUUGAAGACAGCAGUGGAAGAAGUCUUUCCAAAUGUACGGCAUUGCUUUUCUCUUUGGCACAUUCUGGAGAGGAUACCCGAAAAUCUCUCUUUUGUGAUCAAACAGUAUAACAACUUCUUGCCAAAAUUUAACAAGUGCAUUUUUAAAUCUUGGACAGAUGAACAGUUUGACAUGAGAUGGUGGAAAAUGGUCACUAGAUUUGGACUCCAAGAUGAUAUAUGGGUUCAGUCACUGUAUGAUGACCGGAAAAAGUGGAUGCCAAUUUACAUGGGGGAUACCUUUUUAGCUGGAAUGUCUACUCCUCAGCGCUCUGAAAGUAUGAACUCUUUCUUCGACAAAUAUAUUCAUAAAAAAAUUACCCUUAAAGAGUUUGUUAAACAAUAUGGGAUAAUUCUUCAGAAUAGGUAUGAUGAGGAAGCCAUUGCAGAUUUUGAUACAUUACACAAACAGCCAGCACUUAAAUCUCCUUCACCUUGGGAAAAACAAAUGUCAACAGUUUAUACCCAUACAAUAUUUAAGAAAUUUCAAGUUGAAGUUUUGGGUGUAGCUGGUUGUCAAUCUAGGAUAGAGGCUGGAGAUGGAACUAUUGCAAAAUUUAUGGUUCAAGAUUAUGAGAAGGAUGAAGAGUUUCUGGUAACUUGGAAUGAGUUGAGCUCAGAGGUCUCUUGCUUCUGUCGAUUGUUUGAAUAUAAAGGUUUCCUUUGCAGGCAUGCAUUGAGUGUUCUCCAACGUUGUGGUUGUUCAAGUGUUCCAUCUCAUUAUAUCUUGAAAAGGUGGACCAAAGAUGCCAAAAUUAAGGAAUCAAUGGCAGAUAGGACAAGAAGGAUACAAACAAGGGUGCAACGUUAUAAUGAUUUGUGCAAACAAGCUAUUGAUUUGAGUGAAGAAGGAUCAUUAUCCGAAGAGAAUUACAAUGUUGUUUUUCGUGCACUUGUUGAUGCCUUGAAGAACUGUGUACUUGUCAAUAAUUCUAAUAUCAAUGGUGCAGAAGCCAGCAACAGUGCCCAUAGCCUUCGUGAAGCAGAAGAAAAUCAGGGUGCUCUUGCUUUGAAACCAAAUAAAAAGAGGAAUGCAGCUAGGAAAAGAAAGGCACAAUUAGAGCAGGAUGUUAUACUUGUUGAUGCUCAAGAUAGCCUGCAGCAAAUGGAUAAUCUUAGCUCGGACGCAGUAACCCUUAAUGGGUAUUAUGGUUCCCAGCAGAAUGUGCAAGGACUGCAAGUACAGUUGAACUUAAUGGAGCCGCCUCAUGAUGGUUACUAUGUUAAUCAUCAGAGCAUGCAAGGCCUGGGUCCUUUGAAUUCUAUGGCUCCAAGCCAUGAUGGGUUUUUUGGAACACAGCAAAGCAUUCAUGGGCUGGGAGGGCAAUUGGAAUUUCGUCCAGCUACUACUUUUGGAUAUAGCCUUCAGGAUGAACAUGAUCCCCAGUUUCAUGGCAACAGUUCAAGAAAUACUUAGUAAGUUGUCUCUUCUGCAAAUGGCAGUUUCCUCAGAGGCUGUCAAAUUUCUAUGUGAUGAUUGAAAAGACCAUCAAUGGAACUUGGGCACUUCAUUGGCUCGACAACAGUUCAUAUUUCAAAGUUUCUGUAACUAUAUUCACCAGUGAGGUUUUGUUUACCUCAUCUUGAUAAUAUUUCACCUUCCUGUAUUUUACACGGAAGUUGCCCAUUGUAAUCUAAUUCAGGCAUACGAGAUGUCCAUAGUCUGUCUCCACAUGCCUUCCCUGCAUUGUGGUGACCACCUCAAAAUGAUUAUAUGAAUGAGUCAAAAACCAUCUUUCUUUAUGCAUUGUCAUGUGUUCCUGGUGGCACAAAAAUUGGGAAUAAACUGUUCUCCCCGAUUGAGUAACACGAAAACCUAUGCUAGUAUGCUGAGAAAGAAGAUAGAGUUCCUCACGCGAGAUGCAGAAGUUGUUGCCGUCUGUCACCAGAACAAAUACAAGCACGUCACUUUCCAUGGUAGUAAUUAUACGAGGUAAUCGUAACUGACAACAUUUCCUGUUAGAAAUCCAGUGCCAUCACGGACCCUUUUCCGAGAUAGUUCCAACUGUUGUAGUUUUCAUAUUGUAUGUAAUAUAGUUGAUGGUAUAUGCGUUACAAGGUUUUGUAGGGGUCCUCCCACAUCUUUUAACCCAAAAAAGCUUUACAAGUUCCAUUGUCGUAUGUAUUAGAACGAUUAUGUUAUUUGUUCAUCCAAAUUGGAGCUUGCCAAUUA